ACGGAGGGCUGUGAUUGGUCAGCUUGUGUAUGUUGUUGUGUAGCUGUCAGUACUGCACGGUGCUGUGGGAGUUUGCACACAACGCCAAUAUCUGGGAACGCGAGUUGUCAGAGAUACGUGAUUACGUAACGUGCCAAGAGGGUAAUUUGCUCCACCGGUUGCUGCUGGACAUCGGAGAAACGCCGACAACAUAACACACUCACACUUUGUACUACAUGUUGGAAGACAACGUCGAGCUGACACCGAAAAUAGUCUUGAAACAGGUGGGAAGGUGGAGAGGGGCUAUAGGCAGACCCAUGGCUGCAGUGCACCACCCAGGGUACCCGUGCCGGGACUCACUUUACUGGGAUGAAACAGAGUGCCUGAACUACUAUGGGAUGUUGUCUCUCCAUGAGGUCUUUGACAUAGUUGGUUCUCAGCUGACAGAGACAGACAUUGAGGUGUUGUCAUUCCUUCUGAAUGAAACCUGUCCUGCACCACACCCUCUUGAUCCAAAAGGCUGGACAGUUGAGCCCUGUGUGGGUGAACCAGAUGACUUGGGCGUGUCCCCGAGUCCUGAGCUGCUAAAGGCCUGGAUGCGGUUAAAGCCUCAGAGCUCUCAGCGUCCCUUAGUGGCCUCAUGUAAGCCCACCAGUGGCCUUGAGCUGUUAUUAGAGCUGGAGAAGCGAGGAUACCUCAGUGAUGGCAAACUGGAGCCACUGCUGCAACUACUGAGAGUCCUCACUCGUCAUGACCUGCUGCCUUUAGUGUCCCACAAGAAAAGGAGGACAGUAUCUCCGGAGAGAAUUGAACAGAGUUAUGCAAUAGAGAACAGAGAGUUGGUGUGCACCUCUGGAAUGCGCCACAGCUGGGGACAGACAGAAAUGCCUCUUCCAUCUUUCACACAGCAAUUGAGAACUCGUAUUUACCCUCCUAUGCCUGGGCCAUCCGCUAGGAGGAGGAGGAAGAAGAAGGGAAAUGGCUGGAGCCGGAAGCCCAAGAAAACCAGCAGACAGAGCCAGCCACUGCCUCCCCCACGACCACCACAUAAAGUUUCCUGCAAUAUCCGCCUGCGCGUCCGAGCCGAAUACCUGGAGCACGAUUCGGCGCUUCGUAACGGUGUCUCCUCGGACAAACGGCAGCCCCUGGAGCGGCAGUUUGAGUUGUUCAGCCAAGCCAACUCACUGCUUCGUGCCAGAGACCUGGGUUCCAUCGUCUGCGACAUCAAGUUCACAGAGCUGGACAACCUCGAGGCCUUCUGGGGUGACUACCUGAGUGGAGAUCUGCUCGAGGCCCUGAAGGGAGUCUUCAUCACUGACUCUCUGAGGAUGGCAGCAGGCACUGAGGGCGUCCGCCUGCUGAUCAGCGUAGACCAGGAUGACUACGAGGAGGGUCGAAGACUGCUCUCAGUGUUCGACCAUAGGAGGAGAAUGCUGUCAUCUAGUUAUGGUGGGCGCACAGAGACUCACUGGGCUGUAUAGGCUGAUAAGACUCUUUAGGGUGUAUUAUAUUAACUUUGAAGAAUUGGAAUAGUAGCUUUUGAUAGUUGUGAGUGCAGGUGUAGUUUGAAGCAUUUUUAAGGCCUCCUUUUGUAGUCGCAAUCCAUGUGGAAGCCACUAGAUGGCAGCACUUACUAUCUGUUGUUUGUGUUCAUAACAGGCCUUAAAUUUUCAGAAUUGUCAGUUUUUGGUUGAAACAUUACCAUUAUUUGUGAAAGAAAAAUGAAGAAUAAUAAUGGAUCAAUGUGCUUUCCCUUUGGAUUCAUGCACAGGUGCUACUUUGUAAGACACCAGGAUGAAACAGGAUGUAUCAAGAUUUUUCUUCUUUGACUCAGUUAGGACAGGAGCAAGCAAACUUGAGCCACAAGAUCAAGUGGUAAGCUCACCAUAACAUUAUCAAUCUUUAAUAAAUAAGGUUAAGACAACUGGGCAGCAACAAAUGAUAAAAUACCACUAAUUAUAGUGUUGACACAUUCACAUCCUCAUGGUCAAGGUUGAGACUAGAUAUACAGACAUACAUAUAAACAGAAGGAAUAGGCAACAAUCAAGCAUUUAUUGAACAUUUUGUCAAUAUAUGCGUAGACAGUGGGCAUUCAGUUUCCAACAUGUCUCAAAUACAAACAGACCACUAUACCCAAUAAUGGUUUAUUGUUAGUUGCUUGUUUUUUAUUGACAUGUUGGACUUAUGAAUUAUGAUAAUGCUAACUGGAACCUUACAACUAAUUUCAAUGACAAGGAAAGUGUCUGAUCUUUCAAAAUGUGUGAGAGACUUGUGUGAGGAAAAGUGGGUUGCUCUCAGUGCAGAUUGACCUUUGUGUCUAACUUUGAAGAGCCUAGUCCACCCAUACACACCUAGAUAACAAACACUGGGAUUCAGAGCCCUGUGCAUCACGAUAACCCGACUUGUGAUUGCUGUGGUCAGUGGAUACGGCAGUUGCCAGUAGAUGACAGCGGUGAUUAGGGCUAGGCCUCAGCAGACCAUGGAAGAUUCAUCAUCCCAGCCUUGUCAACAGCAACCCGGAUAAUGCAAUGGUGGCUUGUGUCCGGGCUUCUAGCUAGGCCUCAGCAAGUGCUUCUCUCAGCAAGUAAAGCACAGGACACUGCGUCGGUCAAUAGAAGUGAUGUUGGGGAGAUCAAAAUCAAAAGUGCACAUCCCAGCUCCACUCAGCCCUGCUAUGUAGGCCCAGUAGAGUGGCUCACGGACAGCUGUCUACUCACCCUGCUGGAACUAAUGCCUGGACUUCACUCAUAGAAGACGAUCAA